AUGUCCUUACACAACCAGGAAACCCGCCUCGAGAUUGAGAUCUCCUGGGCACACCCCGCAACUAGUACCCUUUAUGCAGAAAUAGUCAAUGCACUCCUAGACAGCGGAACCGAGGACUGGGUUAUGUCCUGGAACUGUAUCCAUCGUCUCAAGAUCCCAACCCAACCUCGACCUAAGCCUCUCAUCAUCAGACAGGCCGAUGGUACCCCUAUGCCUAACUCUGGCACCCACAUCACUCAAUCUCUUACCCUCCGCAUCGGCAACCAUCUAGACAGAGAUAUCGUCUGUGAGGUUGGCUCGUUCGCAGGAGAAGACCUCGUCGUACCACAUCGAUGGCUCAAGGAGCAUCAACCUACCAUACAUUGGGGUCAGAAUAAGGUCACCUUCGACAACAUCUAUUGUCAAAUUAAGGGAUACUUCAUGACCAUAUAUGACAUAUACGAAGAAGACCCAGAAGAGCUCGUCAUCAGACUGUUGAGGUCGUCAACCGAGACACAGAUGAUGAUCGAGGAACACCCCUUCUGGGCAAGGGAAUCGGUAAACGAGGCUCUCGUUGAUGCUAUACCAAUGGAGUAUCAGGACUUGGUCAACGUCUUCUCCAAGGAAUGA